UGGGCACCUCGCCCCUCCCCCUCUUCCGGUGUGCCGGCGCUGCCAUUCUACCGCCGUCGGUCCCUCUCGGAGCUCCGUGGAGCUGCGUGGAUUGCGGCUCCCAUGGCGAACCUCUUCAAACGUUUGGGCCUGGACGACUGGCUCAUGCAGCAGUGUAAGCAGAUGGGCAUAUCGAAGCCCACGCCGGUGCAGGAGAACUGCAUCCCGCCAAUACUGAGAGGCCAGGACUGCAUGGGGUGUGCCCAGACGGGCAGUGGGAAGACGGCCGCGUUCGUGCUACCUAUUCUACAGAAACUCUCCGAGGACCCUUAUGGGAUUUUCUGCUUGGUGCUCGCACCCACCCGGGAGUUGGCAUACCAGAUCGCAGAGCAGUUCCGUGUUAUGGGAAAACCAUUGGGCCUCAAGGAUUCAGUCAUUGUUGGAGGCAUGGACUCCGUGCGGCAAGCCCAGGAAUUGGCCCGGAAGCCUCACGUGGUCAUCGCUACCCCAGGACGCUUGGCUGAUCACCUCCGCAGUUCCAACACUUUCAGCCUCAAGAAAAUACAAUUCCUGGUCAUGGACGAGGCUGACCGUCUGCUGGAGCAGGGUGCCACUGACUUCACGAAGGACCUCCAGGUGAUCCUGCAGGCCCUGCCAGCCAAGCGGCAGACGCUGCUGUUCAGCGCCACGCUCACCGACACGCUGCAGGAGCUACGCAACCUUGCGCUCACCAACCCCUUCUUUUGGGAGUCCAAGGAGCCGGUACGGACAGUGGAGGAGCUGGACCAGCGGUACAUCCUGGUGGCAGACAAGGUGAAGGACGCUUACCUGGUGCACAUCAUCCAGAAGAUACAGGACGCUCACGACGACUGGUCCAUCAUUGUUUUCACGAACACCUGCAAGAAUUGCCAGGUUCUCAAUAUGAUGCUGCGUCACUUCAACUUCCCAAGUGUGGCACUGCACUCCAUGAUGAGACAGACUGAGCGAUUUGCGUCGCUUUCCAAAUUCAAAUCCAGCGUGUUCAAGAUCCUCAUUGCAACAGAUGUGGCUUCAAGGGGUCUGGACAUCCCGACGGUACAAGUGGUGCUGAACCAUAACACACCAUCGCUGCCCAAGACCUACAUCCACCGCGUAGGGCGCACAGCACGUGCAGGGCGCAAUGGAGUGGCUAUCACCAUCGUGACCCAGUACGACAUCCACCUGGUGCAAGCCAUCGAGGAGACGAUCCAUACGAAGCUGAAGGAGUUUGUAACGGAAGAGAAGGAAGUGCUCAAGAUUCUGACGCAAGUCAACGUGAAGCGUCGCGAGUGCGAGAUCAAACUGGAGGAGGAGGACUUUGAUGAGCGAAAGGAGACUAAUAAGCGGAAGCAGAUGAUACUGGAAGGGAAGGAUCCCGACAUUGAGGUGAAGAGGAAGGCAGAGCUGCUGAAGAUCAAAAAGAAACGCAAAAAGGAAAGGCUCGCAUCCAGAAUACAAGAAAAGCUCGAGAAGAAAAAGCAGAAGCAGACGUGAAGGCCGCAGGAAAGCCAAUGCACACCAAACGACGUAGUAGUAUAAAAGUAAUUUUAAGUCAAUUUCAAAUAUUAACUGUGAAUUACUGACAUUUAACUCCUUUAUAAUGCUACAUUGAUGUCAUAUGUGGGUUUUCUGGGGAGUUAAUACCAUGAUUUGGGAAAUUCAGCCAUUUGUGGCUUGCCACAAGCUCCCAUUGAAAUCCUGUAAUUUUUCAGCUUUCUGUUUUUGUUAAUGCAACACGUUCAUCAUUGACACUGCCGUAGAAGGAUAUAACACCCAGCAUUUCGGGCAAUGGCACACAUUGGCCUGCUAAAAUUGGAUGAAUGAACGAGCAAUUUGAUUUCUUAGCGGAACUUUUCGGUCACUUGCCGAUUAAGCAUGAAUAAUGUUUCAAUGUGUGCUUCUUUGCCAAGUUUUUUUAAUGUUCCACCUUUUGGUAAAACGUAACAAAGCACAUCGUGUAUAUGUAUAUAAAAUGUAUGUAUAUUUUACAGAAAAUAUUUAAUGGAUCUCAAAAAGUGGGUAACGUUUAAAAAAAAUAAACUUAUGUAUGCAACGGCUCA